GUUAGGUUACUUGUUGUGAGCUGGACAUUUGUAAACUGAAUAUAUUAACUAACUACCACAUUUUCUACGGGAGAAAGCAGACAGGCUGCUGGAACGGUGCAUACAGUUAAGGUAGCUACGAAAAAGAGGAUUUCUUCACCUGCUAGCUCGCCAGGUUACUGUAAGUAGCUGUAGGUCCGAAAUCCGGAGCUUAUGAUGCCUACGUUGCGGGACAGCACCAUGUCCCAUCCCGGCGAGAGUCCCCAUCAGGUCCGGGUAAAAGCCUACUACAAAGGAGACAUCAUGAUCACCCACUUCGAGCCGUCCAUCUCCUUCGAAGGCCUGCACAGCGAGGUGCGCGACAUGUGCUCCAUGGACAACGACCAGCUCUUCACCAUGAAGUGGAUCGACGAGGAAGGGGAUCCCUGCACUGUCUCUUCCCAGCUGGAGCUGGAGGAAGCCCUGCGCCUCUACGAGCUCAACAAAGACUCCGAGCUCAUCAUCCACGUAUUCCCCUGUGUUCCAGAGAAGCCCGGCAUGCCAUGUCCUGGGGAGGACAAGUCCAUCUACAGGCGGGGAGCUCGGCGCUGGAGGAAACUCUACUACGCCAACGGACACGCCUUCCAGGCCAAGAGAUUCAACAGGAGAGCACACUGCGCCAUAUGCACAGACAGGAUAUGGGGCCUGGGCCGGCAGGGCUACAAGUGCAUCAACUGCAAGCUUCUCGUCCACAAGAAGUGCCACAAGCUGGUGACGGUGGAGUGCGGCCGGCAGGUGAUCCAGGAACCAGUGGUGGGUCCGGUGGGUCCAGGAACCGCUCAGCUGGAUCCCCUGGAACCAGCCUUUCCCUACAAGUCGUCCAGCGAGAGCCUGAACCAUGAUGGGGAGGAGAAGGAGGCCAUGAGCAGCCGGGAGAGCGGGAAGCCGCCCUCCAGCCUGGGCCUGGUGGACUUCGACCUGCUGCGGGUGAUCGGGCGGGGCAGCUACGCCAAGGUGCUGCUGGUGCGGCUCAAGAAGACGGAGCGCAUCUACGCCAUGAAGGUGGUGAAGAAGGAGCUGGUCAACGACGACGAGGACAUCGACUGGGUCCAGACGGAGAAACACGUGUUCGAGCAGGCGUCCAACCACCCGUUCCUUGUGGGCCUGCACUCCUGCUUCCAGACCGAGAGCAGGCUUUUCUUCGUGAUUGAAUAUGUGAAUGGCGGAGACCUGAUGUUCCACAUGCAGAGGCAGAGGAAGCUUCCGGAAGAGCACGCCAGGUUCUACUCUGCUGAAAUCAGCCUGGCCUUAAACUACCUCCAUGAGCGCGGCAUCAUCUACAGAGACCUGAAGCUGGACAACGUUCUGCUGGAGUCAGAAGGACACAUCAAGCUGACAGAUUACGGCAUGUGCAAGGAGGGGCUAAGGCCAGGAGACACAACAAGCACCUUCUGUGGGACGCCAAAUUACAUCGCCCCCGAGAUCCUGAGAGGGGAAGAUUACGGCUUCAGUGUGGACUGGUGGGCGCUGGGCGUGCUCAUGUUUGAGAUGAUGGCAGGGCGGUCGCCGUUCGACAUCGUGGGCAGCUCGGACAACCCUGACCAGAACACAGAGGACUACCUCUUCCAAGUAAUAUUGGAGAAGCAGAUCAGGAUUCCCCGGUCCCUGUCGGUCAAAGCUGCCAGCGUGCUCAAGGGCUUCUUAAACAAGGAGCCUAAGGAGCGGCUGGGCUGCCAUCCGCAGACAGGUUUCGCUGACAUCACGGGCCAUCCCUUUUUCCGAAACGUAGACUGGGACCUGAUGGAGCAGAAGCAGGUGGUCCCGCCGUUCAAGCCCAACAUCUCCGGGGAGUUCGGCCUGGACAACUUCGACGCCCAGUUCACCAACGAGCCCAUCCAGCUCACGCCCGACGAUGACGAUGCUGUCAGGAAGAUCGACCAAUCAGAGUUCGAAGGCUUUGAGUACAUCAACCCGCUCCUCAUGUCCGCUGAGGAGUGCGUCUGACCGCUCCGCUGCUCGCCGCGGGACCGGAAGCGUCGCGAUUGCCUUUCCUACAGCUCCGCAUGGUCAAAACCUUCUCCUGUUCAGGAGCGGCCGCUCGGCAAACCCGCGUCUCAGAUGGCUGCCGUCGGCCGCCAGUUACCAAGCCAAUCUCACUCUCUGCCAUUAAUAACCACUAGUCCUUAAGUGUACCGUUUCCACUCUGUACCCUGUAAACGCACACCGACGUCCAAUCACGAAUGAUCUAACUGUCACACCUACUCAUACUGACCAAUGAAGGUCCAGUGAGGUCGUUUCCCUGGUCACAGGUCAGAGGGAAGAGGAUAUUUACAGUAUGCUGGAGGCACGUUAGCCUCCAUGUCUUCUCUGCAGCUGGGUGUUUGAUAAAUAUUUUAUUGUACAUAUGAAACAUUGAGUGUAUGUAAUAGGUGCAGGCGUUUAGGGUCACAUCUCUGAAGGGCAAAGACGUUUUUUUUUUUUUAAACUGUGGAUCAGACACACAAGGGGCAAAUCCGAAGCUUCUGCUUGUGGAAGCUUCCACAACUAGCUUUUGUCAGGGCCGAGCCUGUGGAUUUGUGGGGGGGGAGAAACACUAGCCUUUUUUUUUUUUUUAAAUCUUAACUUUUUUUCUUGUUUUAUUUAAUAAUGUAAUGGUCGGUAUGUAAUGUGCACAAGUGUUACGUUGAGUCUGGCUCCCCACUUGAGCCAGGAAGGGCACUGUAUUAUUUACGGGCGCUGGAGCCUGCCUCCAGGGCGGAGAGAGGCCUGGCCUUUCAACGCCGGCAAUGCUCCAGUGAAGCCACGUCGCGGGCCAAUUAACACUAAUGUAGACUCUGACAAACUGUGAACGGGGGACGACAGCUGUCCGUCUGGAGGGCCGGAGCAGAGGCGUAGCCACUCUGAGCGCGCUGUCACCCAGGACCAAAAACUAUCAUCAGAACUUUAAAAAAAAAUGGUAGUGAAAUUAAAAAAAAAAAAAAGAAGAAUGUUCUUGGAGGUGCACUUAAUGUGUAUUUUAAGUAAGAAGUGGUACUCUUCCAAGAUGACACUGUCUUGUCAUAUGCAGUCUGGUUAUAUAUGUUAAGUCUUUUAUUUUUUUUCCUCCUAGAUUUUCAUGUUUAUAAAAGCACAUUGCCUUUCUGACGUGCUCUCUGCACGCUUUUUUUUCCCGCCGUUUGUUUUGUUUAUCCACUGUUACCUGGCGAUAUCGUCGUUACUGGAGGUCAGCAGAUGUUUUGUCGCUUCUCCUUUCUGCGUGCGACUGGCGGUCUCGGGCUUGGAUAGCGAGGGAGCUGGAAAACAAAGCACAGUGCAGAUGUCUCUCCUGAUCAGCGGAGCCCGGGCCGGGGCCCGGGGCAGCGGGGAGGUCUCCCGAGGCCUCCCGUCUCAUCCUGUUCCUCUGGCUGCGUUUCAUAGCAGCGCCGUGGAAACGUGAAACUCAGUACGAGCACGGUCUGACGCACAGAACGCCUCUAAUCCUGUCUCUCUCACACACACACACGCAUACACACACACACACACAC